AUGGGCAAAAAGCGGAAAAGACCCAUCAAGGCCCGCAGGCCCACGUCCUCGUCUCACACGGGUAUCACUACAUCUCCCCGCCGUUUCAGAACCCCCCAUGCGCCAAUUUCCCUGGGAACGAAAACAAGCCAUCCCGUUAUUUCCCUGUACUACCCACAUGUCGUACCCUUGCGGGAGUACCUGCUCCAGCAACUUCCCGUGACCUCCAAGUCGCGUCGGCGCCGUAUCCUGACAUUGGGCUCGCGUGAAGACCAAGAGACCAAUGCACAAUCUCAAACACCCCAAACAGUGGCGGAGCUGCUAGACUCCACCCUGGUGGGUGUUCUGAAGGAAUCUUCUCCGACCCUCAAUUUGGAGCGACAAAAGCAAUACUCAUCUUUUAAUGAGUCUCAAUCGCGGUCGAUUCUCGUCAGCACCGAUACGGGGCCGACCUGUCCGCAGUCUGAGGUGGUUGAUUUUGUGAUCUGGAAACUCUUCAAUCAUAACAAUGGCUCCUACCAAAAGCCCGAGCAUUUGCUGACGCUUGGCUUCCAACGCCCGUCUGUGGGGCAGAAUGCUCAAGACACUAAUAUUCCAGGCAUUGUGUCUCGAUUCCCGAAUCAGAAUGUCCAGGUUCUCAAAGAGGGUGCAUGGGCAGAGGUCCUUGGCUUGCUUGGUAGUAAUGGGGAGGAGAUUAUGAUGCAGCUCCUGUUCGAUUGCGGAGUUUUUGCCGCUAUCAACGCUCGAAACGGCAACUACUACCAACUCAGCGGUCUACCGCUCUCGGUCCUCGAGCCUUCGAGCGAUGCGUCCUCGGGAGCCAAGGAGUCUGCUGCCACAGCACAAGACCCAAAGCCUUCCAGUGAUCAGAGACAUUCCAAAGAGAGAGCUGAACGCAAACAGAAUUCCGAUAACACACUCCGAAGUCCAAACAGCAUUGUGUUUCUACGGCGGCGUAUCCUCUAUGGACGUAUCGAGUCCCAAAAGAAAGUACCCUCUGGACUGGGACAGACACAUGUCCUUAGCCGCUUCUCGUCACUUGAUUCGAUGGCGCAAACAGUCCAUGUAAUGAAGUACAUCUUUCCCUCGCAAUUUGGCCUCCGGAAUGUGUUUACGUUGGACUCGGAUGAACGCAACAUCAUGGAUGACUCGAAGAGUUUCAUGUUUCGUGAGAGUGAGAUAUCUCGUUUGGAAGAAGAGAAACGACUACAGCGGCCCCAGCCCGAGAAUGAAAUCGCAGAUGCAGAUUGUGGCGGCGUGAGAAGUGUCAAGGUACCUAAGAGGCUUCGUGGAAUUGCUAUAGAGCUUGUCCGGAAGCUCCGGAACCGCAAUGCGCAAUGCUCCUACGGAGAGUUGCUGCGAUACUAUUGUCCAACCGAUCAAACCGGACCCAGGAGACUUGGCGCAUUUGCCUUCACACCUUAUGCCAAAAACAGCGAGCCUAUCUCCUCUCUCCAGUCAAACUUAGUUACACAGGUGCGAAUUAACCACCCGUCGCCAAGUGAUAGUUCGGCGCAAACCUCAGGUGAUGUCUCGAGAUUAGAGCCGCACAUGGCUGUCGACGCAUCUUGUGGAAUCAAUGCUGAGAAAUCGGUGAUUCGAAAAACCCAAAAAACUCAAGCCAGUCUGACUGAUUAUGCGACUCCGUCGUCUUCUGUCUCAGCAUUUUGUCGAGCGGUGAUCCAGAAAUUGAUCCCCCGACAGUUUUGGGGACAUGUUGAUCGGUUUAUCAAAUUGCGACGAUUCGAAAGUCUAAGUUUGCACGAAGUAUGCAAAGGUGUCAAGAUAACAAGCAUUCCUUGGCUGGAGCCACCCAAGGUCCAGACUACUUCAGGAUCUGAGACAAGAUCGAAGAUCGCCCUGUCUGACUUGCACAAACGCACCGAACUACUCCACGAAUUCAUGUUUUGGAUUUUCGAUUCAAUUCUUAUUCCUCUCAUUCGCUCGCACUUCUAUGUCACAGAGUCUCAAAUGCACCGAAACCGCCUGUUCUAUUUCCGCCAUGAUCUGUGGCAGCAGUUGACCCAGCAACCUUUCGGGGACUUGAAGGCAACGAUGUUUGAGGAGCUUGAGCCAGAUCGAGCCCAACGUGUGCUGGCACGGCGGUCCCUUGGUUUCGGUGCUCUCCGUUUGCUUCCCAAAUCUACAGGCCUCCGGCCCAUCUUGAAUCUUCGCAAACGAGCCUUGAAGGAAUCUUCAUGGGGGAAACGGGGUACGUACCUUGCCGCCAGCAUCAAUUCAAGUAUUACGCCUAUCUAUAACAUGUUGACCUACGAGAGCCAGCAAGCUCCUACCAAAUUGGGCUCGUCAAUGCUCUCCACUGGAGACAUGCACCGCCGAUUGAAGGCGUACAAAGAACAAUUGUCCAAACGACUGCCCUUGGUUUCUAAACCUUGGCAAUCCAAGCUCCCACCGAUGUACUUCGUCAAGCUUGACAUCAAAGCUUGUUUUGAUACCAUCCCCCAAGAAAAGUUGCUUAAUCUUAUCGAAGAGCUGGUCUCUGAAGAGAGCUACCGCAUCUCAAAGCACGUCGAAAUCCAACCACCCGCUCCUACUUCGCAACAAGGAAAGCCCACACGCAGAUUUAUGAGCCGCGCUGCGCCUGCCAUGAGACCGCAACACCUACCGGAUUUCGUCAAUAACGGAGGCACUGCGCGAAAGGCCAAUACUGUUUUCGUUGACUGUAAAGGUCAAAAAGAUCAGGAUGCUGAGAGUCUUCUGGGCCUCCUCAAUGAACAUGUCCGGAACAACCUCGUGAAGAUAGGCAAGAAAUAUUUCCGCCAACGCAACGGCAUCCCUCAAGGCUCCGUGCUAUCCAGCAUCCUUUGCAAUUUCUUCUACGCUGAGCUUGAGCGAGAGGUACUGGGUUUUAUUAAACCCGAGGAUUCUCUACUCCUGCGACUUGUGGACGAUUUCCUCCUGAUCACACCGGAUGCAGCCGUGGCAAUGCAGUUCCUGGAAGUAAUGAUCCGGGGCCAACCAUCGUACGGCGUACAAGUCAAUCCAGCCAAAAGCAUGGCCAAUUUCAGCGCAGCCGUUGACGGAAUUUUGCUCCCCAGACUAGAAGGGACCCCAUUAUUCCCAUAUUGCGGCAGUCUCAUCGAUACUCACACGCUGGAAUUUCACCGCGAUCGAGAUCGCAUCCUAGAGGGCGCCGAGUCAGCUGCUGCUACUCUCUGCAACACCUUAACGGUUGAGGCCAACCGCCUCCCCGGCCGCACUUUUCACCGCAAAGUGCUCUCCUCAUUCCGCUUGCAGCUACAUGCCAUGUACAUUGAUGACGGGCACAACUCGCGCGCAGUUGUGCUAGCCAACCUCUACUGCAGCUUCAUCACUUCUGCCAUGAAGAUGUACCGCUAUAUGAAGUCACUUCGGGGCCGUGCACACCCCGGUCCUGCCAUCAUAACACAGACCAUCCGCGAUUUGAUUUCGCAGACGAACGGCACGAUCCAAGCCCGGCGUGCUGGUAAUUCGGAGUCUUCAUUCUCGUGUUUCGUGCAGCGGUCCCAUCUACAAUAUCUGGCUUCUGCGGCGUUUCGGUUUGUUUUGAAGCGCAAGCAAACGCGGUAUGCGGUGGUGCUCCGCUGGCUAGACUCGCUGAUCAAAGAUGCUCGACCCACAUCAGAUUCCGAGGCUUUAAGGAUGGCACAGGUGGUGAAGAAGGGAAAUGCCAUGUUUGAGGAGUGGCGGUUCUAG